AGUGACAUGUUGGAUGUUAACCAAAUCAUCAAGGACCUGGCCUCCAUGGUGUAUGAGCAGGGAGAGACAGUAGAUAGCAUUGAAGCCAACCUCGAGACGGCUGCGUCUAAUGUGGAAUCUGCCAACGAGCAAUUGGCGAAGGCCAGCCACUACCAACGGCGAUCCAGGAAGAUGAAGUGCUGUUUCAUCUCCACGGGCCUGGUGGUUCUUCUGGUGAUCGUCAUAAUCAUCACAGUUUCUGUCAAGCAUUGAACCUGCCAAAAAGUUUUCACAGGAAUGUGAGCAUCGUGCUUUCCAGGGAG